AUGUUCUCUCCUGAUAGUUAUACGUUGAAGAAGCUCUACGAUCUCACUGGCCUGAUCGCACUAGUGACCGGUGGUGGUACAGGCAUCGGCCUUAAUAUUGCACGUGGCCUCGCUGCUAAUGGGGCCAAGGUGUAUAUCACCGGCCGAAGGAAGAAUGUUCUUGAUGGAGUAGUUGCGGAGUGGAAUACAACCAAGACACGACGUAGACAAGAGAUGGAUGUCACGAAUAAGGACAGCAUUAAAGCUGGUGUGACGAGAAUAUCCCAAACAGAGAGAAGGCUACACAUUCUCGUGAACAAUGCUGGCCAAUGUGGUCCUGUCUCUGAUGAACUAAAUCAGCCAUCGACUACUGCUCAAAAGGAGGCCGGACCACUUAGUGAAUACCUCUUCAACAAUGAAUCGUUCGAGGAGUGGGGCUCCCUUUUCGCCAUUAACACAUCUUCGAUCUACUUUGUGACUAUUGCGUUUUUGGAUUUGCUCGACAAGGGCUCUAAGGAUACCGGUAAAGAAGGGUUCUCUUCAAGCGUCAUCAAUAUCACCAGUAUCAGCGGGCUCAUAAAGGUCGCACAGAGACAUUUCUGCUACAACAGCUCAAAAGCUGCUGCAUCUCACCUGACCAGGAUGCUUUCGACAGAAUUUGCCCUGAAAGGAAUCAAUGUUCGAGUGAACGCCAUCGCGCCAGGCGUGUAUGAAAGCGAGAUGACAUAUGACAAUAUUACAGGGCAAGCUGCAACUGAUUCGGUUGGUAUGCCGGUGGUGCCGGUACCAGCAAAGAGGCCGGGGACCGGAGCUGAAAUGGCAGGCACUGCCGUGUAUCUUGCAUCGCCUGCUGCGGCAUAUAUGAAUGGGCAGGAAUUGGUUAUUGAUGGUGGAUACUUGGCUGUGAAUCCUUCAAGGGUGUAGUAUGCUGUUGGUCGGCGUUGCCUCAUGAGUUGUUUUUUUUGGUUAUCUUGUAGCAGAUGAACAGGCAUAGAUGUAGCAUAUUUAGCAUUCUCCAAGGUUUUGGUCGUCUACAUUUUGAAAAUUUGUGCAUGCGCACCAAAAUUAACUGGUUGGGGUUUCCCCCUUGGCCAGACCAUAAAGAAGGAAUACGUUCGUUCCUUCUUGAUUUCGAAUUGCAGUGAUAAGUGACACACUCAACAGCCAACUACAGGCUUAUCUGUGGAGUAAAGGGUCGUGUGAACAAGUAUUGCACCGCUGUAUCAAUCCUGAACAAAUCAAAUGCAGUUAUCCGAUCUUGAAGGAUCCCGGGCCCGUAUUCG